AUGCCGGGUCCUGACCUUCCGUCCGAGUCCGUGCUCAAGAUACCCGACCUUGACAGGGCCAGACUUAUGAGGGGGGAGAGUACCGUCUGCACCGAACUAUGCAGAGUCGCUCAGACAAUCUUCGACAACUGUCCCCACGGCGAGAAGCUGGUUGCAUGGAAAACGCGCGACCACCCAGACUCCAGCGAUCGCAACGACUAUUCAGCACAAUCUAGAGUCGACGUCUCCUUCUACCCAGCGGACGAUGACGCCAAGGCAGACUAUGAGCGCAGGAUGGGCCAAGACGUGUUCGGGGCGUCUAUUCGCUGGGCCUGGAUAUCGUUGCUCGUGGAGAUCGAAAAAGCAUCAUAAUGCGCCUUCAGCUUCGCCAACAUGGAUUUAUGCAGCAAACGGCGAUUCUGAGCAGCACAAUGAAGGCAAUGGCGACGUUGCCGAAAACGCUGAGGACACUUCGGAGUCCAAAAGCACGACGUAAAGCCGCUGGAACCGAUACCGUUUCUGCCGGCUGGGUCGGAUGCGAGUGCGGCCUCACCCAAAUGGCAGACUAUGUCGCGAAGGUAUUUAGGAGGCAGCACCGGCUGCAUGUCUUCACGCUUUUCGUCUACAAAGGCCAGGCUCGCGUCGUUCGCUGGGAC